ACAAGUUUAAGUGUCUAUUUGUGCAUUCUCAAAGUUAAAAGGCAUAUUUAUUUGUUAUACCUUAAAAAUAAGAUUACGUACAUAUUAUAUACAGAACUUCAAACACCUUCUCAAAAUCAAACUUAAAUUCUGUUUAGUAACUAAAAUAUGAUAAAACUCAUUUUGGAAACAAAUUUUCUUUGGAUUUUACUUCAAUUUUUACCCCAAAAAAAAGUUUUUUUUUUCCUAUAUCCAUUAAGGCAUUUACUUCGACACCAGCAACAGAGUAACAAAAAUAUUAUUCUUGAUAAGCGAACCCAAACAUAGAGAAGAAAUAAAAGAGCACUAUUUUCAAGAAAUGAGCCCACUAACUUUUUCUGGUAAAUUGGCAAAAGGUUGAUUUUUUAAACAAUGCCAAGUCCAGGUUCAAUGCCUCAAUAAUAUAGGAAAAUGAGCUACUUUUGUUAUCCUCACAUUAUCUAGAAACAUUUUUUGUUGUUAAUAAACAACGGUACAAGAAGUGCAGUUAGCAGGUGUUUGUCAAAAGUCAAUUAUGGAUAUUGUUUGAGAUAUGUGAUCAUUUCAUUCAUAAAUUUAAAUAUAACAAUAUUUGCUUAUCUAUGCGUCGAACAUAUCCUCUAACGUGCGAGAUUGAAUUUUUUUAGUGAGACAAACAUGCAAUAAUAACUAUGGGUGGUAAGCGUUGCUAUCUAAGAGUGCGUAGAGGGCUUGAAAAUUAUAUUAUGUAUAGAAAGUAAAAAAAAAUUGUAUCCAUAUAUUAUGAGUUGAAAUCCUUUGUCUUUUUUUCGCUCUAGCACCAUGUUGAUGAAAGAUCUAAGAUUUUAAACUUAUAGGUUCAAACUUCUAAAAUUCUUAGCCUUGAUUUUGCUAUAUUUUAACAUUGUGGGUCUAUAUCUACUAUUGUGUGCAAUAUUAGUGGAGUUUACACAUACAUUUACACUAUGCAUGGAAAGUAAUGAACCCUUUGUUCGAGACUGCAUCCGCCCGGCACCACUACGAAAUUGAAUAAUUAUUUAUCUCAUCUAAAAGUUUAAACGAAAAAAAAUUAUUUACCUAAUGAUAUGUUCAACAAAAAUCAGCAUGUCACAUUUUUCAAAUAAUUCAAGAUUUUUAUUAAUGCUGUACCCUAAAGUGGUAGGACAUGAUGUCCUGAAAUAGAUUAGGCAAAACCAUGUGGUCUUUUGCCAAUUUCUUCACCUGAUAUGUUUGCCAACUUCACACAUUAAUCUUCAUUAAUUUAUUGCCAAUUUGAGGAUUGAAAUGUCUCUCUCUCUCUAUAUAUAUACUCUACUCCACCUAUCUUCCAUUUCAAACACAAGUCAAAUUCAUUUCAAAUUAUAACAUCAAUUUAGCCUCAAAUUUUUUGUUUUUUAAAAAUGGGAAGAGGUUUAGUUGGAAUAUCAAAUGCUAAAGAAAAGCUUAGAAGAACAAUUUCACCAAGAAAUGGAAGUAUUUCAUCUACUACAAAUGAUGUACCAAAGGGACAUUUUGCGGUUUAUGUUGGUGAAACAUAUAGAAGAUUUGUUGUUCCAAUUUCUUACUUGAAUCAUCCUUUAUUUCAAGAUUUGUUACAUUGGGCUGAAGAAGAAUUUGGGUAUAAUCAUCCUAUGGGAGGUAUUACAAUUCCAUGUAGUGAAGAUUACUUUAUUAGUCUCAUUUCUUUACUAAAGUCAUCAUAGAUAGACUUUAAAGAAUUGUAAACUUAUUUCAUCUCAUAGUCUUAGUGAUUUUUCUUCUUUUUUUUUCCUCUACCAUUUGGUAUCUGAAAUUCAUUGGUCCGACUCGUCCGAAUUUAUGCAACUCUCAUUUUUCCACGAAGAGUUACUUUACUUCUAUGGCUCAAAUUCAAAACAUGUGAUUAAGAGAGCUUGACUAAAGUCAAGCCUCGAUCUCUUCAAUUUUGUAACAUGGACUAUUCCCAAUGUAAUAUGUAUAUUCAAUAUUCAAAUAAUGUUUUUUUUUAAA